AUGGACCAGCCCCCUGCGUACGCAGACGACGGCAAGGCUCCGCUCGACAGGCGCUCGUCAGAGGACGACGUCGUGGACGUUGCCGCGUUGCCUAAUGUGGAGGUCUACGCCGCGCGCCCGCCGAUCGAGUACUCUUCGCCCGGCGCUUUCUUUGGGAGCGUCAAGCGCCGGCUGCAGAGCGUGCUCACGAGGAGGUUCUGGUUGAGCUUGUUGGCUGGUCAGGUCGUCAGCCUGUGUAUCACCUGCACGAAUGUUACGACUACCGAGCUCACCACUCGCAAUUGGGCUCUGCCGACUACUCAAACCUGGUUCUUGUACUUCUCGCUCUUCUGCAUCUAUACGCCUUACACGAUCUACAAAUAUGGCUUCAAGGGCUGGGCUAAGAUGAUCUGGCAUGACGGCUGGAAGUACAUCAUCCUGGCCGCGUGCGACGUCGAGGGCAACUUCCUCGUCGUCAAGGCAUACCAGUACACGAACUUGCUGUCGUGCAUGCUGCUCGAUGCGUGGGCUAUCCCGGUGUGCAUGGCAUUCGCAUGGCUUUAUCAACGUCCGAAGUAUCACUGGACCCAGAUCCUCGGCAUCCUCAUUUGCAUCGCCGGUCUUGGUCUCCUAGUCGCCUCAGACGAGAUCACCGACAAAGACUGGCCAGCCUCAAACAAGGGUCUCGGCGACGGCUUCAUGAUCAUCGGUGCGACACUCUACGGCUUCACCAACGCCACCGAGGAGCUCUUUGUCCGCCGUCGCCCGCUGUACGAGGUCGUGGGCCAGCUCGGCAUGUGGGGCAUGAUGAUCAAUGGAAUUCAGCUUGCGGGUCUUGAGCACAAGGCGAUCCCGCAGGCUACGUGGAGCGGAGAGAACAUCGGGUUGCUUGUGGCUUAUACGGCUGCGAUGCUGAUCUUGUACACGGUUGCCCCGCUGCUCUAUCGCUUGAGCAGUAGCGUGUACUACAAUAUCAGUAUCCUGACGAGCGACUUCUUUGGGCUGCUCUUCGGGCUGUUCCUCUUCCACUACAGCCCAUACUGGUUGUACUUCCCCGCGUUCGUCGUGGUCAUCGUUGGGCUAGUCAUCUACUUCUGGCACAGCACACCGGAAGAGCAGGGCAAACUCGACAUUCAAACGCCCGCUUACCUUGACCGCAACACCCGUGACGCAGAGUCCGCAGACAGUGCUUCACAAUGA